GCUAACCAGGUUAGCCUGUACCAAGCAUUUCCUACAUGCCUCGCAUGGCAGCGUUAGCCUGCCUGGAUACCUGUACUAUCGGAUUAAAAUACGUCUCCUAAUCCAAGGUAAUAUUGCUCGUCACAUUAAUGUUAAUCAAAUAUUCUCAAUUUGUUGUCAAAAGCGGUACCAAAUUUACAGCAAGUCAUUUUAACAAAGUCUUUGAAGUCAGUCAGAAGUUAAACAGGGUCUCCCUGUAACGAGAAUGAGGAAAAAGUAAACGAGGUGUGCCAGAAAAGUAUCUGUCCUGGUGUCACAAAAGAUUUUAAACACAAUCUUAAAACUAGGAGUUUCCCUCCUUAUUGUGCGCCAGACUUUAGCUAAGAUAUUUCCACAGUGACGAUCCUGCGUCGGGUUCUUGCAAGUCGUGUUGCAAUUUCCAUGCAGUUUGGUACAAUGACCACCAUCGUUCAUGACACCACAGAGGCGGUGUGCCUCUCUGCUGAGUAUAACAUGUACUUGAAGCCCAUUGCCAAAAUGACGGUCAGUGUGACGCUCCCACAACUCAAGUUGCCGGGAAAGAGCAUUUCCAACUGGGAGGUAAUGGAGAGGGUCAAGGCCAUGGUGGUACCUGAUCAGUUUUCAGCCCUGCGGGUCUCUAAGAGCACCAUGGACUUCAUUCGUUUUGAGGGAGAAGUUGAGAACAAAAUGGUUGUGAAGAGUCUGUUGAGCCGUCUGGAUGGGAAGACCAUCAAGCUCAGUGGGUUUACUGACGUAUUGAAGGUUCGUGCAGUGGAGAACAAAAUGGAUUUCCCGACUAGGCACGAUUGGGACUCUUUUUUUCGAGAUGCCAAAGACAUGAAUGAGACUCUACCAGGCGAGCGGCCAGACACCAUUCACCUGGAAGGGCUCCCUUGUCGCUGGUUUAGCCAGAAACAAAGCAGCUUCCCUGACCGUCCGUCGGAGGAGGUUCUCAUUGCAGUCUUCCAGGCGUUUGGCCAGGUGCGAAAUGUGGACAUCCCGAUGCUGGAUCCAUACAGGGAGGAGAUGCUAGACAAGAACUUCAACACUUUUAGUUUUGGGGGCCACCUAAAUUUUGAGGCUUAUGUCCAGUAUCGCGAGUAUUGCGGCUUCACCAAGGCCAUGGACACGCUGCGUGGCAUGAAGCUAAUGCUGAAAGGAGAUGAUGGAAAGGCAGUUGCAUGCAACAUAAAGGUGACGUUUGACACCACCAAGCAUCUCGGUGAGUCAGCUGUGAAGAAACGAAACCUGGAGAGGCUCAAGCUGCAGGAGUUGGAGAAGCAACGAGAGGAGCAGAAGAGGCGGGAGAAGGAAGAGGAGGAGCGACGUAAAGAGCAGGAGCGGAAACAGAAAGAGCAAGAAGAGGAGGAGCGUGAGAGGAAGAAGGAGGAGAAGCAGCGGAAGCGUGAGCAGAAGCUGCAGGAGAGAGAGGAGAGGAGGAACAUGAAGAGGGUGAGGAAGCAGCAGGAGGAGGAGCAGAAGAAGCUCCAGAUGAAGAUCGCCAUGGAGGAAAGGAGGCUUCUUCUGGCUCAACGAAACCUGGAAUCCAUCCGGCUGAUUGCUGAGCUGCUGGCCCGGGCAAAGUCCGCCAGGCAGCAACAGCAGGAGAAGGAGCGCGCCGAGCGCGAGGAGCAGGAAAGGCAGGAGAAAGCUCGACAGGAGGAGGAACGCGCCCGACGCCAACAUCUGGAGGCCUGCCGGCGCAAGCAGCAGGAAGAGCUCCUCAAGGUUGAGCUGGAGAAGGAACGAGCCCUCGACCUUCAACGCAGGGAGAAGGAGCUGAGACAGAAACUGCUGUCCAACAUGUUGAAGAAGAGCAGCGAGAAACCCGAAAUAGCUCCUGACACCCAGGAGCAGGUCAAUGCUGGAGGGAGGGAGGCGGCCCCGGAACAUGCAAGGGACAAAGUGACCUUGGUGGCCCUAGGCCAGGUGAACGGCAUGAAGGCAGCAGAGGGCAAACAAAAAUCGAUAUCCAAACCUUCUGAAAUUUCAGGGAAAGUGAGAGAGACAAAUGAGAAGAAAGGAGGUGAUGGUCUGAAGAAGAUUAAGGAGGAGAAAAGGAAAGAGGUGAGUAGCAGGCACAGCGAGGAACGUGACAGGAGCUCCAGGAGCCGGGGGAACAGGCGCCACUCUGGCAGCAGGAGAAGACGAAGGAGCGGUAGCCAUCGUAGGACCUCAAGCCGUCACAGGAGGAGCGACAGUACGCACCGCAACAGGAGGCGCAGCCGCUGCCACUGGAGUAGAAGCACAAGCUCCAGCCGCGACAGAAGCAGGAGCAGUGGCGGGAGGAGCUACAGCAGGGGAAGGAGCCGCAGGCACAGUCGCCGUAGAUACAGCAGAGGCAAUUCCAGGAGCAGCAGCAGGAACGGGAGUCGCCACAAUCGAGGAUACAGGAGGCGCAGCUACAGUAGAGACAGGAGUCACUCCAGAAGAUGAACACGCUCCUCUUUGCCAUCACCCAUUCAAUUACCCCACUUAUCAUCUUCUUCACCCUGAGGUUCCUCAAAUUUCAGCUUUUGGUUCCUUCGUGAAGUCAAACAAACUCGCUAUUUCAAAGACACCAAAACACUUUGUGUAUUGUUGUUAACACAAGCGUACAUGGACAGUGUUAGAAAUCAAAUGCACACUCAUUGGGAUUGUCUUGGGUACAUCAACUGUAAUGUAGAAUCAGUACAACAAAUCCUCCAGACGAAAAAACAAAAGAAAUGUUAAAAUAGCUUUUUAAAUAUGACAUAGGUUUGAGUACCUCCCAGUCCCCAGUUGCCUCCCCACUACCAGUCCCAAAUCAUGAUUGGGGCGGGACAGAGUGAUUUGUAUCAAGUUCGUGGAGCUAAUAUAAAAAUUGUGGUGACCCCUCGUGGGACAUGAUUUCAGGCUAAUACACCAGUGGAUUUGUGUUUUCCUAUCAUGAUCAUUAAACCACAUUAGUGAGUUGAGUACUAACAAAGAGUUCAUCUGCAUUAGUACCUUGUAUUUAACUAUUAUUAAUACACUUGGAGCACCUACUGUGUUUAGAAAUAGUCCGCAACAACAGCCCUGGACCACUUCAACUGCUACUGAAGGCUGGUGGGGGGAUACAAACAAUUUGGAUGCUGCUCCUGUACAAAUGUGAACUGACACUUGAAGACUUUUCUCAGCUGCCUCAAAUAUUUGUGAUCGUACUUUUAAGUAGCCCAAGAAGAAAACUCAGGAUUUGCAAACAGAGCAAUCAAUGACUCUUAAAUGGUUUGUAAUUGUAUUUACCCCAAAGCAUUUCUUUUUCUUUUGUUUUUCUUUUUUUCAACUUUUCUGAAUGUCUGAAAGUUUUCUUGUGAAUCAGAGACAACAGACUUGCUUUAUGUGACUAAUGAACGACUUCUGAGAUUAAAGGCUCAGCACAAAGCGA